AUGCCGAAGAGCGUUGUCAUUAAGCAUCGCUUCUACUGCUCCGGCGCUUUUGAUCAUAUACGCGCCUAUAACCUGACUAGUCAAUCACGAGUCCUGCAAUUCUCUUCAUAUGCAUUUGACAUAGGUGUUCUGGAACAGCUAAGUGUGCUCAUGGUCGGCAGUUGCAUCUGUGUGGUCUCGGAUAAUCAGCGCAAGGACAACCUUGGCGAAGCCGCCUCUGCCCUUCGGGCCAAUCAUGAAAUGCUCGUCCCAUCUGUGGCUCGCUUAUUCUGGCAUGAAGAUUUGAGCACCAGUACGAGCCGGCCGCUAGCUGGCGAAUGCGUGCUCGAGAACGGUGUGUAUUACUGGGCCCAACAUCUGCGUCUGACGAACGGUUAUGGGCUAGCGGGAGUCUUCAUUCAGCCCCCUGCCUGGCUCUGUACCCUGCGAAAACACUCCAGCACUCGGCUGUACAAGACACGCGACCUGGUGCGGGUCAAUGCAGAUGGUACUCUCAGCAUAUUUGAGUGGAAGGAUCGGCAGGUCAAAGUACGCAGCCAGCGGUUAGAGCUUGGGGAGGUUGAGGCCUAUAUCCGGCAGUGCUUCCUGGGCGCUCUGGAAGAUGUAGCUGAGGUGGUUGUACCGGCCGGGGGCAACAUACCCCAGUUGCUCAAUUCUUCUGGAACAGACGAUCAAGCGUCUCACCAAACGGAUAGCAUCGGGAGCCAACUUAUCGCAACUCCCCUGCCUGAUUUCAUCAGUAAAGUUGCCGCUGCCAAAAGCAAGCUUCGGCAGAUUGUGUCUAACUUCAUGGUCCCAUCCAUCUUUCUGCCGCGCAACCGGAUUCCUCGUACUCAUUCGGAUAAAGUGGACAGAAACUAUUUCCAAUCCAGGACUUGCCUGCCUUUGUCUUUAUGA